AUGCAAGCAAGAGGAAGCCAGAACAUGAAGCUGGAGAAGGAGGAGGCGGAGGCCGAGUUUCGGCCUCCUCCUCAUGGUCGCGCUGCUGAUAUAGGCGCCGCCCCUAUGCCGCGCCGGAGGGCACAAAUUUUGGCAGAUCAGAUCGAGGAGUCAGACAGUGACGUAUUGGAGAUCACAGGCACCAGGUCCCGGUAUCCCCCGCUGCCUACGCUCGAGAGGGCGCCACCACAGCAACCGCCUUGGGAAGAGCGCGGGUGGCUCAACUCCAUGGCUCAGUUCUGGUGGAACGAGGAGCAGUUCCGCCGAACUGAGCCACCGAGUGACAGAUGUUGGAAGGGAAAGAAUCCUGGGGGCUGCCGGAACGGUUUACCUUCUGACGGUUGGCACAAGAAGACCUAUGAUAGGCAACAGAAGGAAAAGGGCCGGGGUGGGGAACAACACCCCAAUCCAGACAACAUGGCUCCUCUCCCCCCCAAUCCGCCUCCUCAGAUGGGGCCUGGCUCUGGCGACUUCCCUCACCAACACGGCCAUGGUGCUUCUUCUCAAGCCCAAUACCGAUCGAAAGGGAGAAUAGCUCAGAGAAGAAGCAACUGGCAGCCAGUUGAUGAGGGGACGCAAGAGAGACCUGUCGAUCUGACAGGUCCUCCGUCACGACCAGGCCCCCGUGCUCUUCCCCUCCAUCAGCCUCUCGCAAUGGGCAACCGACUUCCUGAGCCUCUCAGGCCUGAUAUGGGGAGAAUAAAUCCAGUUAUAGAUUUAACUGAUUCUCCACCACGACCAGGCCCCCGUGCUCUUCCCCGCCAGCAGCCGCUCGGAAUGGGCCCGGAGCCUCUCAGACCUGGCAUAGGCAACUCUGUGAGCUCCGCAAACCCAGGCCAGUCGUUCGUCCUGCCAUCUCACGCUUCUUCUUCUUCUUCUUCUUCUUCCUCAACCUUCCGCGACCAGACUCAAGCCCCUCAAGGCGCUUCUCCGCAGCCGGCUUCCCCCAUCCCGAGCCCGCAGGCACAGCCCGAAGUCCAGCACCCUACACCCACAAUCUACUACUCCACCCAACCCGUCAGAGCCCUCAAGGCCGCCUACGAAGACGCACACGAUGUCCUCAGCAUGGAGUAUAAGCGGAUCAGAUUCGCAUCGCUAGACUUCCCCCCCGUCCGACGCACCCUCCUCUUCCUCCACUGCAUGGAGGCCCGCAUCGACGGCAUGCGCAAGAUGAAGAAGGACAUGCGCAAGCUCGAAAAGGCCUUUCCUGAAGCCUCCUCUUCCUCUUUCCCACCCGGGCCCUUCCCGGCCGGCACGCUGCCCUUGAACCUCCCCAUCGGCGACUGGUUCUACAGCAGCGACACCGACGCCGUGAAGGCACGACUCCAGUCGGAGUUCGCCAUCAUGGAGGGCCGAGACGGAGUCAUCGACGCGCUGAUCGAGGCGAGUGUGCAGAGCGGAGACGAGGCCGGCACUCAGGCUUUGCGGGUCGAGCAGGCGGGUGUCGAUGCGAGACUCGAGAUCUUGGCUCGUUUGAUACAGGCGACGCGUGGGAUCGCCAGGUGGGAUGAGGAUGCUCCUAAUCGCGCGAGGAGAAACCUGUUCUAUGGUGGCAGGCGCCAUCGGGAUGUGUGA